UCAGUUGGCAAAUACUGCUGCCAGAUUUUUGACUGGAGCGCUCCUAAAACUUCGUUAAAAUUUAAAUUGGAAUGUGAGGGGCAGGAGCCUGAGCUCUGGUUCUGCCCCAGAGUAGCCUGUCCUAGAGGAGGCUGCCCACACAGAGGGGCUGUGCAAGUUUUCUGCUCAGGAUAUACAGAUGUUUGGCUCGUGAAAAAUGGCAGCUCUCAGUGUGAGGGUCAAGUGGAGAUGAAGACCUCUGGAGGCUGGAGAACACUCUGUGCCUCCAACUGGAAUAUGGCCAAUGCCAAUGUAGUUUGCGGUCAGCUGGGCUGUGGAGUCGCCAUCUUCACCCCAAAAGGAGCAUACUUUGUGGAAGGAGAAGAUGAGAUCUGGAGAGACCAAUUCCACUGCUCAGGGUCUGAGUCCUUCCUGUGGAAUUGUCCUGUGACUGCCCUGGGUGUUCCUGCCUGUGCCCAUGGAAACACAGCUUCUGUGGUCUGCUCAGGUCCUGUCAAGAGGUUUUAAGAGGUGUAGUUAUGAACAGGAGGCAUUGGACUCGAUCAUGAAGGACCUGGUGGCCCUCCAGAUGAGCCGACGUCCCCGUGCGUCUGGAUAUGAGACCAUGAAGAACAAGGACACGGGUCACCCAAAUAGGCAGAAAAAACACAACAGCAGCAGCAGCUCAGCCCUUCUGAACAGCCCCACAGUAACAACAAGCUCAUGUGCAGGGGCCAGUGAGAAAAAGACAUUUUUGAGUGAUGUCAGAAUCAAAUUUGAGCACAACGGGGAGAGACGAAUUAUAGCAUUCAGCCGGCCUGUGAGGUAUGAAGAUGUGGAGCACAAGGUGACAACAGUAUUUGGCCAACCUCUUGAUCUACAUUACAUGAACAAUGAGCUCUCCAUCCUGCUGAAAAACCAAGAUGAUCUUGAUAAAGCAAUUGACAUUUUGGAUAGAAGCUCAAGUAUGAAAAGCCUUAGGAUAUUGUUGCUGUCCCAGGACAGAAACCAUACCAGUUCUUCUCCCCACUCUGGGGUGUCCAGGCAGGUGCGGAUCAAGGCUUCCCAGUCUGCAGGGGAUAUAAAUACCGUCUACCAGCCCCCUGAGCCUAGAAGCAGGCACCUCUCUGUCAGCUCUCAAAACCCUGGCCGAAGCUCACCUCCCCCUGGCUAUGUGCCUGAGCGGCAGCAGCACAUUGCCCGACAGGGAUCCUACACCAGCAUUAACAGUGAAGGAGAAUUCAUCCCAGAGACCAGCGAGCAGUGCAUGCUGGAUCCCCUGAGCAGUGCUGAAAAUUCCUUAUCAGGAAGCUGCCAAUCCUUGGACAGAUCAGCAGACAGCCCAUCCUUCCGGAAAUCAAGAAUGUCCCGAGCCCAAAGCUUCCCAGACAACAGACAGGAGUACUCAGAUCGGGAAACCCAGCUCUAUGACAAAGGGGUCAAAGGCGGAACCUAUCCCCGGCGCUACCACGUGUCUGUGCACCACAAGGACUACAAUGAUGGCAGAAGAACAUUUCCCCGAAUACGGCGUCAUCAAGGCAACCUGUUCACCCUAGUGCCCUCCAGCCGCUCCCUAAGCACAAAUGGCGAGAACUUGGGUCUGGCUGUGCAAUACCUGGACCCUCGUGGACGACUACGGAGUGCAGACAGCGAGAAUGCCCUCUCUGUUCAGGAGAGGAGUGUGCCAACUAAGUCUCCUAGUGCCCCCAUCAAUUGGCGUCGGGGGAAGCUCCUGGGCCAGGGUGCCUUUGGUAGGGUCUAUUUGUGCUAUGAUGUGGACACAGGACGAGAACUUGCUUCUAAGCAGGUCCAGUUUGACCCGGACAGUCCUGAGACAAGCAAGGAGGUGAGUGCCCUAGAGUGUGAGAUCCAGUUGCUGAAGAACUUGCAGCAUGAGCGCAUUGUGCAGUACUAUGGCUGCCUGCGGGACCGUGCCGAGAAGACUCUGACCAUCUUCAUGGAGUACAUGCCAGGGGGCUCAGUGAAAGACCAGUUGAAGGCCUAUGGAGCUCUGACGGAGAGUGUGACCCGCAAGUAUACCCGGCAGAUCCUGGAGGGCAUGUCCUACCUGCAUAGCAACAUGAUUGUUCACCGGGACAUCAAGGGAGCCAACAUCCUCCGAGACUCUGCUGGGAAUGUGAAGCUUGGGGACUUUGGGGCCAGCAAACGCCUGCAGACCAUUUGCAUGUCAGGGACUGGCAUGCGUUCAGUCACUGGCACUCCCUACUGGAUGAGCCCCGAGGUCAUCAGCGGCGAGGGCUAUGGAAGGAAAGCAGAUGUAUGGAGCCUGGGCUGCACAGUGGUGGAAAUGCUGACAGAGAAGCCACCUUGGGCAGAGUAUGAAGCUAUGGCCGCUAUUUUCAAGAUUGCCACCCAGCCCACCAACCCUCAGCUGCCUUCCCACAUCUCUGAACAUGGCCGGGACUUCUUGAGGCGCAUUUUUGUGGAGGCUCAUCAGAGACCUUCAGCUGAGGAGCUGCUCACACACCACUUUGCACAGCUCGUAUACUGAGCUCUUAAGGCUACUGCUGCCAGCUGCCCCGUGCUGCACAGGCGGGGGCUGCUGUGGGGCGCAGUGAAGUUGCUGCUUCUCCCAGACCAGGCUGUGGACCUUGGAGCUGCAAUCCAGCCAGCGUUUGUCUGUGCCCCUUCUGCCAAUGGGGCUCAGCUAGGAUGGGAUGGCUGUAGCCUCAAGGACUGGGAGCCCCCCGCCUGCCAGACCCAAGAGCUCCAGUGUCUUAAGCUCAGUGUGGAGGGAAGGGGCUGGGAAAGUGUGUAAGGCAGCUGCGGGCCCUGCCCUUGGGGUUGUCCUGACACUGCCGUUGACUGGGAAGCCUGGGGUGGGGGGUACAGGACUGACUCAAGGGUAUGAAUAGUGUUAUUUUCAUUCAGAGUGUUAUUUUGUUUCUCCUCCCAAUGUCUGGAGAUCACCAGGGUGUCUCUGGGCUGGAUGAGCCCAAUCAAGCCUGAGGUAAAGCCCAGUGUCCCACAAAUGAGGGAAGACAGAGGCCCAAGUCAGUUUUGCCAGUCCUAGACUUUACCAAAGAUGAAUGAAGCAAAUGUUAUGCUGCCUUAUUCAGGGAAGGAGGAACAUAUCCUGCCUGCCCCCAUGACUCUGCACCCCCAAGCAGGAGCCUGAGACAUGGCUGCCCCCACUGAGGGGGGAGACCCAGUUUUAUCAAUGCAAUUGUCUCUGUUUUACAAGUUGGAGUCACUCUUAUGCUGUAUCCAGUUUCUAAACUGGAGACUGUGCCCUCUGGGUUCUGAGUACCCCUGUGUGAGCUUGGGCUUUGGGCUGGAUUCUAAAGAGUUGAUGGGAUGACCUUUGUGCUUCUGGCCUGGCAUGUUUCCUCACUGAAGCAGAGAGGAAGGUGGACAACUCAGUGGGCCCAGCAAGGCUGUUCAGGAGAGCCCAGGGGUUGUCUCUGCCUGUCAGUCAUGUCCCUGCCAGGCCAAGCCCACUCCAUCUAGUAGAAGGGAAAGCCCAUGUGCUGCAACCAGCAGUGUCCAAAACCACCAGCUCUGUUCUUCCUUAGCCUUGCCCAUCCCUGUGAGGUCUCAGCCUCUUUCCCUUCUUGUUCCUCCCCUGAGGGAGGAAUGGCAGUGGGGAGCCAGUAUCUCCAAGCAGCUUAGAGUUGGCCAUAUUUACCUCAGCCUGGGCGCUGGUCCUUUCUUCCGGCCCCUCCCCUCCAAAAUGUGCCUAUUGCUAGAGCUCCUCCCUCCCAACACCCAGUUUCCUUGGGAGUUAUCAUAAAAGAAAGAAAGGAAAAAAAAAAAAAAAAGCUAGUGCCCGUGGAUGGGCAUCUCCAGGGAGCUGGGGAUUAGCGCCAGGCAGCUCACUGCCAGCCAUGCCCACUACCCCACGGGCACAGAACAAGCCAAAGCCUUCGUUGUAUGUUGACGAUGCACUUUUAUGAAUGUAGUUUCUAUCGCUGUUUUUAGCCUUUUCACAUCAUGUAAUGUGAGGCCUUGUACUUGUUAAUUUAUAUCUCAGAUCAUAUUUGAUGGUUUUUAUAUAUCAAUUCUAGACUGUUACAGGUGAUGGACGCCUCAAGAGAGAGAAGAGAAAAUGAAAGCAGCUGGUUUUGCAGAAUGUGUGUUGCACGGUGCCAAUUGGGCCUGGGCCCCCUUCCAUCCCUUUUCCCCUGGGGCCUCUGUCAGGCCACCUUCUACCCAUCACUGCCCUCUGAGGCCAGUGAGCACACAUGCUCCUGCCUCUACCUCGGCCCUUGCCCAGGGUGGGGACUGGCCCCUCAUCUUGACCAAAGCUGCCAACAGGCAGCUCGGCCUCUCCAGGACUCCAUCCUGAUGGCUGUAGCACUCCUUGGCCCAUACCCUGUCCCCAGUCCCCAUUUCCCAAGAGGAAACAGAGCAUGGUGCCACUGAUGAGACUAAGUGAGACGACUCUGCUACUCUGCAUGACCCAGGUUCAGGCUCUUACAGAGCCCUACCCCUGGGGUCUUACCUCACAGGGAUUAUUUUUAAAAUAAAAUUUUAAAACUAGCCAACAAACCCUGCACUCCCCCCAAAUCAAAAAAGACCGACUUUUGUGCCAAAAACUGUGGACAUGCUGGAUCAGCAUCCUCAGGACCAAGCUGUUGCUUAAUUUUAAUUUAUUUUUUUUAUUAUUAACUAAUCAAGAUUAAAAAUUCUUGGACUCUAGGAUGGCCUGGGCCCCAAAGUUCUGGAGGGCAGUUUCCUUGCAGUCCCAGGCUUGCCAUGGCAAGGGGCCAUGCUACCAUUUUCUUACCAUUCCAUGGGGUAUGUUUGCCUUGGCCAACCCCACACAUAAGGGCCAGUUCGCGUGCUGCCACCCUUCUGCCCCUCUUGCCCUCCCAGCUCUGUGUGUCUGAAUUGUGGAUUGUGCAGAAGAACCUGCAGCCAGUUAUUUGACUGUAUCUUGACUGAGGGCUUGCAGUGCAAAGCCAGGCCAGUGUCACGCAUUACUUACAAUAAAAGGGAUCAUUUAUA